GAGGGAGCAGGAGGGUCACGGAGGGAACACAGGGAGACUGGAAUGGUAAAGGAAAAUCGGAAGGUUCGCCAGAAAUUCUGUACAAUGUUGAAACCCGCGAGCGUGUCCUGGCGAGAGCAGCCUCACGCCUCACGCCUCUCAGUUUGGCUGCGGCCGUGGUGAUGGGUGGAUGUGUCUGCACCGCCUCCCUCGUCCCUGCCACACGCUCGCUCACUCAGCCGCCGCUGCACCGGGCAUGACCCACCGCCUCCUUCAGGACUUAGCGACGCUGCCUAGGACUCCCGCACAGUGCAGGCGACCUAUGGCGUGACCGAUGGUAGGCGUGGUUCCUUUACUCGUGAACUGACUCGCACUGAGGUGACCAGCCACACUCACAAUGGUGAUGGUGGUGAACGCAGCGUGAGUAGCAGUGCCUGACCCUACCCCUUGCCCGGCCCGUCACGACCCCACCGCUGCCAUCAUGGAGGAGAACGUAACGCUGGACGAGGCUGUGUGCGGCGACAACUUCACCCUGGACGGCAACAUCACCGCCAACACCUCCAUGGAGCCUCACCACCACCUCAACGUAAGCGGCCAGUACCCGCUGGAUUUAGCGGUGCCGCUGUACGGGUACGCCAUGCCCGUGCUGCUGCUGGUCACCACGGUGGCCAACACGCUGAUCGUGGCCGUGCUGUGGCAGCCACACAUGCGCUCCCCCACCAACGCCGUGUUGAUGGCCAUGGCGCUCUCUGACAUGCUGACGGUGCUCUUCCCGGAGCCCACCUUCUUCUACAUGUACACGCUGGACAACCACGCCAAACCCCUGCACCCUCCCGCCGCCUGCUACGCCUGGUACGUGUUGCACGAGCCCAUCCCCAACAUGUUCCACACGGCCUCCAUUUGGCUGACGGUGCUGCUGGCCACGCAGCGCUACAUCUCCGUGUGCCACCCGUCGCUGGCGCCCCGCUGGUGCACGCAGAAUAUCGUCACUUGGGCCAUCGUGUGGGUGUUCUUCUUCGCCGCCAUCCAUCAGACGCCGCGGGUCUUCGAGAACCACUACGAGUCCAUGCAGAUAGAGUGGGAGGGCCAAUGUGUGUGGGUGUGCAGGGUCACGUACAAUUCCUGGGUCACCACCAUCAAAAUCGAUGUAUAUUAUCCAAUAUAUUUCUGGUUCCGGGUGGUAUUCGUGCACCUGGGGCCGUGCACAGUGCUCGUCGUGCUCAACGUGCUGCUCUUCAAGGCCCUCAAAGAGGCUCAGAAGCGAAGAAAGAAGCUUCUCAAUGAGAAGAGCUCCAGCAAGGAGUGCAGGAGGCUGCGCGACCAUAACACCACGCUGAUGCUGAUCGUGGUGGUGUCUGUGUUUCUGGUGACGGAGAUCCCCCUGGCGGUCAUCACCGUGCUGCACAUCAUGUCCAACUCGGGCCUCAACAUCUUCUCGGAGCAGUCCUACGACAGCGUCAUGCGCUUCUUUAUCAUCUCUAAUUCCUUCAUAAUUUUCUCGUACCCCAUAAACUUUGCCAUCUACUGCGGCAUGUCGCGCCAAUUCCGUGAGACCUUCCGUGACCUGUUCGUGCGCGGCGGCAGCCAGUCAUGGCGGCGCAUGGACUCCACACGAGACUCCCGCGGCUCCAUGUACAACGGCCCACCCCGCAACUGCCGCUCGAUGACCUCCGAGACGAUUAUCUGAGGACGGGCAACGCCAGGUGAAGGCGCCUCCUCAAGGCGAGCCUCAUCUGGCUUCCAGACCUCCUCGGAGCUCACAGGCCAGACUUUCUACAAUGGUACCCGUAGCUCGGUGGCCAAUGUGAGUGAGCUGGCCGAGGGGCACUCCCCGGAGCCCGCUGCGGCGCGAAGGGCGGGGCUAUCUAGGAACAUGACGGAGGUCGACUACUACCAGGUGGAUACGCCGGAGGAUGGCGUUACUGGGGGCGAGGCCAGCGCCCAGGAGGCCACUCAAAACACCACAGGCAGCGGGGGUGACAGGGAGGGGCUGUUGGUGAGCGGGCCGCGUGGCGAAGGCCGCCGCAGCCCCUCUGCCCUUAGGGUGCACUUCGAGACCAGCAGCAGCACGGGCGGCAUUGAGGAAGAAGAGGAAGACCUGCGGCCGGCAGUGAGCGAGACUGUGUUGUAGGCGACCCUCGGCAGGUAUGUUCGUGCGUUCGUCCAUGAGGCUGGUGAUCUACAGGGCGUCACCAUGGCAACGGUGCUGGUGCGUCGCUGUCUUGGCCUCCUUCGUCACGCUGCGUCACAAAUACGUCACACUUACGACAUACUUGCGUCACUCCUCAUUACAACAACGUGGAUGCAAAGUGAACGGGAAAGUGCGUUAAUAAAAGAGUAUUGUUGAUAGAAAGUGAUGAUAAUGAUGAUGAAAAAUGUAAUUGAUAAAAAAAUGUGAUAAUGAUGAUUAGGAAAGUAAACUGAACCAAAAAAGGAUUAAAAAAGGACAUGAUAACAACUGAACCAACUCUCUAAGCAAACAGACAAACAAGUUAAUGAAAACCUGCUCUUCCAUCAUAGAAUCACAACUACAGUUUUUAAAAGAACGUGAUAGAGAAAUAAAGAAGGAAAAUAUAUCCUCUGAAACAAUACAGCAAAAAUAAUAAGUUUCCUCCUUAAAAUUUUUACCUUGAGAGCGUUCGUUGUAUCUACUAUCAAUUACUGUCAGGUGUGCGAGACGGCAGGUGUGUUUGAUAAGAAGCAGGUGUGUCAUUAAAAGGAGAGGAACAGGUGUGAGUUUGCGCAAUCGAAGGCUUGUGAUAGGAUACAUGUGUGUGUUGAUUAAAAAAGACAGGUGUGUGAUGAAUCUAUUGGCCACAGGUGUGCAUGCGUGACUCAUACGUGACAUGUGUGUGUGGGAUGAAGUACUGUACCUGAACUAAACCUGCGUGGCCCCAGUGUGACCCCCGUGACCUGAAGAGUGACCUGUUGACCCUUAUAUGUACAGGGAAGGAUGACCUGAAGUGAGACAAACUAAAGAGAAAAUAAGGGGAAAAAAAAGAAAAGUGAGAGAGAUGAUAUUUAGAGAAAAGAUAUGAAAAAAAGAACAUUUAAUGGUGCUGUUCCCCAUUAGGUGCUCAGCCCUUCCCCAAUCAUUCCCCACUUAACCUGGGCUGAAAAUAACCCCUUCCCCCCACAUCCCCACCUCCCUCAACCCUCCCCCGCAUCAACCUCCAAUGUAUAAAGCUGAAUAUUAUAACUACAUAGCAAUCACGUUGAUGUAUUUGGUGUGAAUACAUUUAUAAACACAUAAAUAGUUCUAUAUAUAUAUAUACAUGUAUACAUACAUAAAUGCAUACCAUUAGUGUCAUAUGUGGUUAGGUGAGGGACUGAUGAAUUGAAAAGUUGAUGAGACAGCUUCACUCCCUCAUGUCACGCCGCGCUGACAUGAGGGAGGUGAGGUUUCCACGUAUAUGUUUGUGUCCAUGUGCGUGUGUGUGUGUGUGUGUGUGUGUGUCUGUCUGUACGUGCGUAUGUACCUGGAUUUGUGUGGAUGAUAAGGACCACUAUUAUUAUUUUUCUAUGUCAGUUGUCGAGGGUAGAUUAAAGAAAAUGCAUUCCUUAUUAUCCUGUUCAUGCAUAUCCCUGUCUCCUUCUUUGUCUCUGUGUCUCUUCUCUUCGUCUUUCUCCUCCUCCUCAUCCUCCUUCCUCUUCCAGGCUCUCAGUGUGGCAUUACACGCACACAGCCUCCCCUCUCAUCGCUUCCCCAACGACCUCACUCAUGGCACCACCACAUUAGAUACUCCCCUUCUUUCCCCUCCUUCCUCACUCCCUCCCGCACCUUUCCCCUCUUUGGUGUAGGAUACGCUGCCGUGACCUGUGUGACUCCUGAGAGCAAGAGACACAAACACAACCUCCUCCAUUCAUAUCCUCUUCCUUCUCCUUCUCUUCUUUCUGCUCCUCCUCCUCCUCCUCCUCCUCCUCCUCCUUGAAACUCUCCACUCCUCCACCACCUUCUCUUCUCUGACUUCCUCUAUAUAAUAAUCAUUCUCUAUCUUUCAUUUUUUUACCUGUUGUUUCUGUCUCUGUUCCUUUCUCUCCCCUUCUCUCUCUCUCUCUCCUUCAUCCCCUUCCCACUACACCCAACACCCUCUCCUCCCCACAGACUGGUUCCCCGCCCCACUGGUGAUCCCCCCGUCCCACGCUGAGCCCCUAGAGCACGGGGUGAUCACCAGUAACUCCCCUCACCUCCCAUCACUUUCCCCUCACUCAUUACGUUUCCCACUCAUCGCCAUCUCCCUGUCACGCUUUCCCUCAUCGACUAAAGUUGUUUUUUUUCCCUCAUUUUUGUCUAAUUUUCCCCUCAUAUUCCCCCUCCCUUCGUCGAACCUGUCCAAGGGUGAGGACGCUUCCCCUUUCUCGUCACCCUAGUGUGAUUGGUUCAGGCGUAAAAAAUAUAAAUGGUGAUGAUGAUGAUGAUUGAUGGUUAUGAUGGUAUACUACUAUCUUAGGCUUACCGUUUCGGCGUUGUCUUUCGUGUGUGUGUGUGUGUGUGUGUGUGUGUGUGCACGUGCUACUCUAUGUACGUAUUUCAUAUUGUUUCCAUUGCAACUUUACGUUCUCCCAUGUACACCAAAAAAAGUAGACAGAGCUGUUUACUUACAUAAUCCUACACACACACACACACACACACACACACACACACACACACACACACACACACACACACAGUCACAUUAUAUGCAGGUGUGUGCGAGUUCGCGCGCACGUACGAUCGUCCUUGCUCUUCAUCUCCACAUGUGGCGCGUUUAUACUGUGGUGAAUCUCUCUCUCUCUCUCUCUCUCUCUCUCUCUCUCUCUCUCUCUCACACACACACACACACACACACACACACACACACACUCAGCGCCACAAUAACAACAACACUCAAACUUUGCUUUGCCAAAAUUGUGUUGCCUUGACCAAUAAAUAAACGAAAAACACACA